AUGAACAAUUUCCGGUUGAUACUCUCCGCCGCAGCGGCGGUUCUUCUCGCCGUCGUAUCCUCCCCACUUCUCACCAAGCUCCGCCGUCACCAUGUCACCGAGCUGUGGUUGCGCGGUGGGGAAGUGGCGGAUUUGGUGGUGACGAAUGGGACGAUUUACACCAGCAACGCUGCUUUCCCGUUCGCUGACUCCAUGGCCAUUGCCCGCGGCCGGAUUCUCCGUCUCGGGAACUAUUCUUCUUUACAGGAUUUGGCUGGACCCAAGACCAGAACUUUGAAUCUAAACAAGAAAUUGGUGGUAGCUGGAUUUAUCGACUCGCACGUGCAUUUGAUUUUUGGAGGAUUACAGCAGAUGGCUCGAGUUCAACUUCGUGGCAUCAGCCAAAAGGACCAGUUUGUGAACAAGAUCAAAGAAGCAUUAUCAAAUUUGCAUCCUGGAUCUUGGUUGCUGGGUGGUGGUUGGAAUAAUGACCUAUGGGGAGGAGAGCCGCCAAUGGCAUCUUGGAUUGAUGACAUUACACCUCAUAACCCUGUUUGGCUGUCAAGAAUGGAUGGGCACAUGGGUUUGGCUAACUCUAUAGCACUAAAUAUUGCUGGGAUAUCCAAUAGCACAGUGGAUCCAGAUGGUGGAUCCGUAGUGAAGAACAAUAUUGGAGAACCUACUGGUUUGUUGAUUGAUUCUGCAAUGAGCCUUGUCAUGUCACACAUUCCGGAGGUCACAGUGGAGGAAAGAAGGGAAGCCCUUUCAAGAGCUAGUGAUCAUGCUUUGAUGAGAGGUGUUACGACAGUUGUUGAUGUUGGGCGAUAUUUUCCUGGUGCAUCACCAGAACUUUCAUGGGAGGAUUUGUCAGAUGUCUACAGGUGGGCUGAUUUAUCAGGAAAGAUGAAGAUUAGGGUUUGCUUGUAUUUCCCAAUGGAGACAUGGGCACGCUUACAUGAACAUAUAGAAAGAACAGGGCGUAAAUUGAGCCAAUGGAUUUAUUUAGGUGGCGUGAAAUCUUUCGCAGAUGGAUCUUUGGGUUCUAAUAGUGCACUUUUCCGUGAGCCAUAUGCUGAUGAACCAUCUAAUCAUGGCCUGCAAGUGACAGAUACAGAAAUGCUAUACAAUAUGACUCUAUCUUCUGAUAAAGCUGGGCUUCAGGUUGCUAUUCAUGCCAUAGGCGACAGGGCCAAUGACUUGGUCUUGGACCUGUAUAAAUCCGUGGCUUCUAAGAAUGGAAUGAGGGGCCGAAGAUUUAGGAUAGAGCACGCCCAGCAUUUGGCUCCAGGGACGGCAGCCAGAUUUGGUGAACAAGAAGUUAUAGCUUCAGUUCAGCCCGAUCACUUAUUAGACGAUGCUGACUCUGCCGCAAAAAAACUUGGGGCCGAGAGGGCCCAUGGAGGAUCAUAUUUAUUUCAGUCACUUCUUGCUGGAAAUGCCCAGUUGGCUAUUGGCUCUGACUGGCCUGUAGCAGACAUCAAUCCUUUGGGAAGCAUAAAGACAGCCAUGAAAAGAGUACCUCCUGGUUGGAAAGACGCUUGGAUUCCAUCCGAACGAAUUAGCUUAAAAGAUGCAUUGAAUGGGUACACUAUUUCAGCUGCUCGGGCGUGCUUCCUUGAUGAGGAUGUAGGUUCUCUAUCUGCCGGUAAAAUGGCAGAUUUUGUGAUUCUAUCUGCUGACUCAUGGGAUAAGUUUGCUGAAGAAGGUUCUGCUCUUGUUGAGGCUACGUUCGUUGGUGGAUUCGAAGCAUACUCCAGGGACAUUGACAAAGAUUAA